AAGCAGGCAAUGUUACUUGCUCUAGUCACUCGCUCCUGUGCUCUGGAGCUGGCAGAACCUAACGGAAUCCAAGGAUUAUCUGACUGAUACUUCAACAAUUGGGACUUGUAAAAUAGACCCAGUAACAACUCCCCCCCCUUGGGAUUUUUCCCUCUCCCCUCUAACUGUGGCAAUAGACAAACAUGUGAGGUUGGGAAUAAAUCAUGUACUCAGGAGGACCAACACCCAGCCAGGAGGAUGACUCCUCAACAGAAGGCUAAUCUGCCCAAGGGAGAGAGCAAAGAAGACCCAAGACUGUGGAUGCAGGAGUGGGGGAAGAAGAUGAAGCCCAUAGUCCAAAGGAGACGCUCCACCUCUUCUGCCAUUAGCAAAGCUCUCAGCAAGUCCAAAUCCUAUUCCAGGGAAAUUACUCUGUCCUCAUCUCAUCCAGACAAUGGACUACUAGCCGGGGCUUUCAGUAGCCCAAAUUCUGUUUUCAUCUUGGAUGAGAGGGUACAACUUACCAUGGGACUGCAGACCCAGGAGAGACAUUUGAUCCUCUUCAGUGACAUGCUGGUCAUUGCCAAGUCCAAGUCCUCCUCCAGCUUGAAGCUGAAGAAGCAGGUGCGCUUGAGUGAAGUAUGGAUUGGUUCUUGUCUCAACGAAGUGUCCGAGAAAAAGAUGAGCCCUGAGAAUUCAUUUGUCAUUGGCUGGCCUACCACCAACUCUGUUGUCUCCUUCAGCUCACCCGAAGAGAAGGCGCGCUGGCUCUCAACAUUACUGUGGCAAAUCAAUGAAAUGAAACAGAAUGAAUAUCCAAAGAACCUAACAGUCCAAAUCCUCCUUCUGGAUGCUGACAACUGUACUUCUACCGCUACAAUAAACGUGUCCAACACAGAAACGGCAGACAAUGUGAUCAAGAGGACAGCUAAUCAGCUUGGACUUCCUGGUAGACCAAGUGACUACCAUCUCUGGGUAAUAUCAGGAAAGGAUGACCUUGCUUAUCCCCUGAUUGGUCAUGAGCAUCCUUUCAGCAUCAUACUUAGCUGCCUCCGAGACUCUGUUGACCAACACCAAGGAACCAACAACAACACACUCCUAGCUGAUGGGACAGAGGCUGCCAUCUUGGAUCAGCUUCCCAAGGACAGGCAGUGUCAGUUCAUCCUGAAACCCAGGCCCCAAGCUCCAAGGCAGCUGAGGAGAGAAUCCUUGCAGAAGCACACCAAGAGGAAGAAAUCUUUGAUUGACUGGGCUUUGCGCCGGACCACCAGCACCCCCACAGGCAGCCCAGUAUCACAUUCUCCCCCCACUCCACGGAAACUCUUCGGCCUGUCUUUGUCCUCUGUGUGUCCUGAUGGAAUCCUCCCCAAGCCUAUUAUGGACAUGCUGCUUCUGCUGUACCAUGAAGGUCCCUCCACAAGGGGCAUUUUCAGGCGCUCCGCCAAUGCCAAGAUCUGCAAGGAACUGAAAGAGAAAUUGAACUCUGGAGAUGAUGUCCAGGUGGAUGGCGAGUCAGUCUUUGUGGCUGCAGCAGUCAUCACUGAUUUUCUACGAAAUAUACCUGAUAGUGUUCUAUCCUCAGACAUGCACGGGCUGUGGAUGGAAGCCGUGGACACAGUAAAUCGAGGGCAUAAGAUUGAAGCCAUCAAAAGUUUGGUGAAGCAGCUCCCAGAAGCCAACCUCAUUUUACUCAGACACCUGUUCGGAGUCCUGCAUCAGAUUGAGCAGAAUUCAGGGGAGAAUCAGAUGAAUGCAUUUAACCUGGCUCUUUGCAUAGCUCCCAACAUGCUAUGGCUUCCUAGCCCCACUGGGCCUGAAGAGGAAAGCAGGUCUACAAAAAAGGUGGCCAUGUUAGUGCAGUUCCUGAUUGAAAACUCAGCAGAAAUUUUUGGAGGUGACAUCACUUCGCUGUUUCAAAGACCAGACAAAGAAAAGUCAAAAAGCUCUGAGGAUUUCCUGGGUAUUGGCAUGGCUCAGCACACUGAUUCCUCUGAUGAGAUGGAGUUUGCUGCCUGUGACCAGGAAAGACCAAACCAUCAUCGCGUGCCUGAAGCCGUCUCCAUGUUUGACCCAUCCAGUGGUUUGUUACUUGAAGAGGAGCAGGAAGACUGGGAUCUGUUUAGUGAGAUCACUGCCUGCUACCAAAGCAAAACCAGGAAGAAUGCCAGUGCAGACAGCUAUGACCUCCUCGAGGAAGAGGGCUCCUUCUGCUCCAUUGACUCGAUACGUUCACUGAGUCCUGCGAGGGAUCGGUGCUCUUCUGAGCCCAGUGUCUGCCUCAGCUCUCAGCUCCCCACCCAGUGCCAUGAGCCGGUGGCUCGCCAGUCCAGCUGUGAUGCCACCAUCAUGCAUAGUCACAAUGAUUACAUCCAGAGGCUCAAGCAGCUGCAGCUGGAGAGUCAGAAGCUGAUUGAUGAGGGCCUGAGCCCUGGGCUGAAUAAGACCAGGCAGAAUUUCUGUCAAUCACCUCAGACCAGCUCUAGGGUGAAGAAGCUCAGCCUUCAGAAAACCAGCCUGUCCAACAGGUCCAGCUUCUCCAGCCUUUCCUCGACAACCACUUCCCCUUCAGCGUCCUCACUAAGCUCCUUAGACAGCGCUUUCUCCUACUGCUCUGAGUCCUCAGCCUUCAGCCCCACAGAUGUCUCCUCCCUGCCUUUCAUGUUUGGCACUUCCACCCGACUCCACGCCUUGUCUCCAAAGACAGCACAGAGGUCCCUGAAAGAAUGGAAAAAGCCCUUGAUAUCUCCUUUGCCCUUGAACCCUUGUGACUUGGACUCAUGGAGCAAGUCUGAGCAGAGGGACAUGGGGAGCAGUCAUACCAUUGAGGAAGUGAAGGGCUUUGUGCCCAUCAAUGGGGCAGCCAUGGGAAGCCUGUUAAAUGAGAGUGACUGGGAGGAAGAGGAAAGACAAGUGAAAUGUGCCAGGGGCUCUGGACAAGCUCUCAGAAACCAAUGUUAUUUCAAGGAGUCUGAAUGUAAAAUAGACCCCCCCACUCAUAUCCCAACCAAUGAGAGCUCAUCAGCGAUUGGCCAGCAAGGGCCCAGGGAGAAAUCAGUUAAGCACAUUGAGAUAAAAGGCCCGGAGGUUUCCCCUCCCAGGCAGGAAAGCCUGAAGCGCACCAAGAUAACCUUUUACAUGGCCCCAAAUAAAGGAAGCCCACAGGGGUCUCCAAUGGAACAGGAGGAUGAGGGUUUCUCAGUGAGCGUCCAUAGCACCAAAUCAAACAGCAGCAGUGACCAAAACAAGUCCAAGAGUCAACAAACAGUAAGAGUCCAAAUACCCCAGACACUGUUUUAUGGGCAGAACACCCCUUUGGUGCUGCAGUCUGUCUCUAGGAGAUACCAUCAUGAAGCAACGAGCCAGCGGCUGCAGGUGGAGUGCAAAGAGACUCCCCAAAGCAUUCCCCCUGCAGAGGGGCUGAUGGACGAUGCUCAGCAAGUGGAAUCUGCCAAAAGCCACAGGAAAAGCGUCAACGCCUUCAGCCACACUAUCCGCAUCAUCCUCCCAGCCUCCAUCCGCAACACCGUCAGGGAAUACUUCAAGCACGAUGAGGCUAAGAACUGCCAUGCAGCGGAUGCAGAAGCUGUGGAGAGCGAACUCAUCCGGGGCAGAGUGGAGUGGCUCAAAAGCCAACCACACACGGAUGUAUCUCCAGAGGAGUGCGAGAAAGUGGCAUUUGCAGAAGAGACAUUUGUCUAGGAGAGGAGAGAGUGGGAACUGUGAUUGUUUUUUGUACAGCAUGUUGGGAAAAUGUUCUGUAAAAUACAAUCAAGGUGUGAAGAAUCUAACAGACUGUGGGGUCAGUAAGUGUGAAGUGAUGCUAAUGUGUAAUUAAUGUUUGGGUUUGGGUUUUUUUUAUUCUUUGCUACCUUUUUUCUACAAAAGGUACUUAACUGACCAGUGCCCAGUGGGCUGAAUCCUCCCCUAGAGUUUUAAAUUAACUGAAUUGUACAGAGACCUUCAUCUGAAUUUCAAGCUCUCCUGAUAGUUUUGUCUCAAGUCAUAAGCGUGUGUGGGUGAGUGGAGGGCUUGAACAGCAAACUUAUCUUACAUUUCAUUAAAAAAAAAAUCAUGAUGGAUCCUUGACAGUGGAGCAAAGCUUUGAGUCACCCUGCAAAUUUUUUAAGUUUGUACAAAACUCCACAAUGUUGUUAAUUUUUUGUCACCAAUUUUUAUUGAAAUCCAAAGUAUGAUGCUUCACCCCAACUCAAAAUGCACAGCUAGUUCUUCUUUCUCUAACCUCCUUGUCCCCCCCAUAGUUUGGCUUAAAAUUGAACAGUUUUCUUUGUUGAUUGAGGCUGGGAUUUCCAAGGCACCUAAGGGAAUCACUAGCCCAAUUUCCAUUGAGUUAAAGGAUUAGGCACCUUGAAAAUUGCAAUAUUAAUCUGUUAUUGUGCAUCCACUUUCUCUUCUUCUGGCUUUUCCCAGCAAGUAUUUGGUUCAGAUCCUAAGCUUGUGUAAACGGUUAUGGCUCCACUGUCUUCGAUGGAACUACAGUAGAACCUCAGAGUUACGAACAUCUGGGGAAUGGAGAUUGUUCAUAACUCUGAAAUGUUUGUAACUCUGAACAAAACGUUAUAGUUGUUCUUUCAAAAACUUGCAACUGAACAUUGACUUAAUACAGCUUUGAAACUUUACUAUGCAGAAGAAAAAUGUUGCUUUUAACCCUCUUAAUUUAAAUGAAACAAGCACAGAAACUGUUUCCUGACCUUCUCAAAUCUUUUUAAACUUUCCCUUUAUUUUUUUAGUAGUUUAUAUUUAAUACAGUACAGUACUGUACUGUAUUUGCCUUUUUUUUCUUUGCUGCUGCCUGAUUGCAUACUUUUGGUUCCAAAUGAGAUGUGUGGUUGACUGGUCAAUUUGUAACCCUGAUGUUCGUAAUUCUGAGGUUCUACUCUAUGACAAUUUACACUAGCUGAGGGUCUGCUCCUUGGUUCUUCUCAGCGAGUGGCUGGUCCUAUAUAAGUGUCCUGGAUGAAAUAAUUAUUUCCUGGGGACUUUAACUGAUGGUGAAAUUUCAAAAACUCCCUUCUCAGAUAUAGAGGCAGUGAAUGUGGGGAUCCUAAUUAAAUCCUUAACCAUUCUUAUGAGGAGUUGAGUGUGAUUCGGUUUUGGCAUGAUGUCCAAGGAGUUGUGGAAGUAGUUGAGAAGUGUUGCCGAGUGGAUACUGAAGUAAAAUCCUCUCUGGCCAGAAAGCUGCCAUGCAGUCCGAGUACUGGACUGCAUACCGCUGAGAAAACAGCAGCUGUUAGACAGUUACAGCUUCCCCGAGUAGUGAUUAAUUCCCACUCAGUGAAGUGCAUGCACCAAUGUGUCGACUGACUGCAGCAGGCCUGGAUCUGGGGAUAAGUACAAAUGAUGUGAGUUUUAGAGAGGAUUUAAUAAUGAAGCUGCCAGUGAUUCAUCAGGACAGGAAACGUGAAAACAUAGUCUCAGAGCAUCUGAACUACUGCGUUCAAUGAGCCGUCCUGAAAUCCUCAGCUAGGUCAGAUCCGUUCAAACUUGUUUAGAAGGUAAGGAUGCUGCAGCUCACUUCCAAAGAGGCUGCCACCUUAGUUUGAUGGAGGUUAGGAAUCACAAGUUUCUAUAGAUGGGAGAAGUCACAAAGGUUAAAGGUUUGUGGGUGUUUGGUUUGAAUGUUUUGCAGGAGUUUUCAAAGCUGGUCCCCACACUGCCACACCCAUCAUGUUAAAGUAAAAGUAGGGAGGACAGAGAAGAGAAAAGCAGAGCCCAAGGAAUUUGUGCAUCUCUGUUCACUGCUUUAGGGCCUGAUCCUUCACAGUGCUAAGUGGUUCCUACAAGUGACUGAGCACUUCCCUUUCCCACUGCUGGAGCUGCUCAGCACCUCACAGGAUUGGACCCUAAUGCAGAGGGAGGUAAUGUCUAAUCAGUUGAAAUCACCAUCACUGCUCUGAUCAAUGCCCCUGGAAAUCACGAGGGAAGAAGCUUGUCCCAUGCUCUUUGGCUGUUCCUGGUAAAUUGCAUGUCAUCAGAGGAGAAGGUGAGCACAAUAGCCCAUUUUCCAAGGUGUACUGAGCUCAGUUGGGUACAUGUAGCUUUUGACACAAUCUGUGGCUCCUCUUAUUCCUGGCUAACCUUGAUGGCCUUUGCCUGACGAAAGAUGUAUAUAAUUGUACUACAAAAAGCCCACGAUCGUUUCCCUCACACAUGCUCACUGAAGAGAUGUACACCUUCUUUUCCCAAGCUAUGGUUGUAAUUAUUUCAAUAAAAGAAACACAGCUUUGUUUGUCAUUUAA